AGUGCGCUCUGGGCGAGCGGCGAGGCCUACCGGGCUUCCUGCCACUGGAGACGGUUGAAGCAAGGUUGAGUUCGGAGACGAUGGAGAAGCCACCCGGCGUGGAGGAGACCUCAUAUUCAGAACCAAUGGAAGAAGAGGAAGAUGAUGACUUGGAAUUGUUUGGCGGCUAUGAUAGUUUCCGGAGUUAUAAUAGCAGUGCUGGCAGUGAGAGCAGCUCCUAUCUGGAGGAAUCAAGUGAAGCAGAGAAUGAGGACCGAGAAGCAGGAGAGCUACCCACCUCCCCACUGCAUUUGCUCAGCCCUGGGAAUACCCGCUCCUUGGAUGGCAGUGGUUCUGAGCCAGCUGUCUGUGAGAUGUGUGGCAUCGUGGGCACAAGGGAAGCUUUCUUCUCCAAGACCAAGAGGUUCUGCAGUGUCUCCUGUUCCAGGAGCUACUCCUCCAACUCCAAGAAAGCCAGUAUCCUGGCUAGACUGCAGGGGAAACCACCCACCAAGAAAGCCAAAGUCCUGCACAAGGCAGCCUGGUCUGCGAAAAUUGGAGCCUUCCUUCACUCCCAGGGGACAGGACAGCUAGCUGAUGGGACGCCCACAGGACAAGAUGCUCUGGUCUUGGGGUUCGACUGGGGAAAGUUCCUGAAGGAUCACAGUUACAAGGCUGCUCCUGUCAGCUGCUUCAAACAUGUACCACUUUAUGACCAGUGGGAGGAUGUCACGAAGGGCAUGAAGGUAGAGGUGCUCAACAGUGACGCCGUGCUCCCCAGCCGUGUGUACUGGAUCGCCUCUGUCAUCCAGACAGCAGGUUAUCGGGUGCUGCUCCGGUAUGAAGGCUUUGAAAAUGACGCCAGUCACGACUUCUGGUGCAACCUGGGGACUGUGGACGUCCACCCCAUUGGCUGGUGUGCCAUCAACAGCAAAAUCUUGGUUCCUCCACGGACUAUCCACUCCAAGUAUACCGAUUGGAAGAGCUACCUCAUGAAGCGGUUGGUGGGCUCUAGGACGCUUCCUGCAGAUUUCCACAUCAAGAUGGUGGAAAGCAUGAAGUACCCCUUCCGGCAGGGCAUGCGCCUGGAGGUGGUGGACAAGUCCCAGGUGUCACGGACCCGCAUGGCCGUUGUGGACACGGUAAUUGGGGGUCGCCUACGGCUGCUCUAUGAGGAUGGUGACAGUGACGACGACUUCUGGUGCCACAUGUGGAGCCCCCUGAUCCACCCGGUGGGCUGGUCACGGCGUGUUGGCCAUGGCAUCAAAAUGUCAGAGAGGCGAGGUGACAUGGCCCAUCAUCCCACCUUCAGGAAAAUCUACUGUGAUGCUGUUCCCUACCUGUUCAAGAAGGCAAACGCCUUAACUGCUAAGCCAUCUCUCCAGCCCCUGCUUCAAUCUUUUAAGGUACGAGCUGUCUAUACAGAAGGUGGCUGGUUCGAGGAGGGGAUGAAACUGGAGGCCAUUGACCCCCUGAAUCUGGGCAACAUCUGUGUGGCAACCAUAUGCAAGGUUCUCUUAGAUGGCUACCUGAUGAUCUGUGUGGAUGGGGGCCCCUCUACAGAUGGCUCCGACUGGUUCUGUUACCACGCCUCCUCCCAUGCCAUCUUCCCAGCCACCUUCUGCCAGAAGAAUGACAUCGCGCUCACUCCCCCAAAAGGGUAUGAUACACAGACUUUUGACUGGGAUAGCUACCUGGAGAAGACCAAGUCGAAAGCUGCUCCAUCGAGACUCUUCAACAUGGAUUGCCCUAAUCAUGGCUUCAAGGUGGGCAUGAAGCUGGAGGCUGUGGAUCUGAUGGAGCCCCGGCUCAUCUGUGUGGCCACAGUGAAGCGGGUGGUACAUCGGCUGCUCAGCAUCCACUUUGAUGGCUGGGACAGCGAGUAUGACCAGUGGGUGGACUGCGAGUCUCCGGACAUCUACCCUGUUGGCUGGUGUGAACUCACUGGCUACCAGCUCCAGCCUCCUGUGGCCGCAGAACCAGCUACACCUCUGAAGGCCAGAGAGACGACAAAGAAGAAAAAGAAACAGUUUGGGAAGAAAAGGAAAAGAAUCCCACCAACCAAGACACGGCCCCUGAGACAGGGGUCCAAGAAACCCUUGCUGGAGGAUGAUCUGCAGGCUUCCGAGAGGUUCUCAUCAGAGCAGAUUGCUGAUGAAAUUAUUGCUGUAUACGUGAAGGAAGAACAUCAAGACCCCACAUCGCCUGAGAAGUCUUCCAGUCCAGAUCUGCCUGUCCCCAUCGAGAGCAUCAAGCAGGAGAGGGACUACUGAGCCUUCCCCACUGGCUAACUCAAGUCAGGCCCGGGUCGUGGAGCACAGUGGAGGCCUGGCUUCUCUACUGCCACCCCCACCUAAGUUUGGAGACAACCUUUUCAUCCUGGAGUGUGAAGGCUACACACUGAAAGACUAGCCUUGGUCUCCUGAGGCAUGGCUCUGUCUCCUGGCCAGGCCUAUGUGACUGCAACCAUCUUUUGCCCACAGAUUGAUCUGAGCAACAGCACUGAGUUCUGAAGUUGGCACACUUCCUUCCCAUACCUGUUGCACCCUCUACAUGGAUGGAUGCUGUCCUGUCAUGGGAAGAUGAGGCUGUGGUGUGUGGGUGUGCCCAAGUGAGUGAGCCGUGAGAAUAAUGAAUAACAUGCAGGAGCUGUGAGCAGGAAGGGCCCUGGCUAACCUUGGGUGGUAGGACAGAGCAGCCUCUCACGCCUGGGUGGCACUGUGCACCUCCUGGUAACCUAGGCACUGUGGCAAGUGGCUGAGAAGUGACCAAGAUAAUGGGUGACCUGCAAGGUGGCCUCUGACCCUUCUUAGCAAGAGCACUGACUCCAUUUCCUAAAAGGAGCAGUGAGGGAGAUUUGCAGGGACCGGUGUCCUUGGUGUCACGGACUGAACCCACUGCUCAGCUUGGACACAGGAUCUUGACGUGCACCACAGGCGCCUGCCAGAGCCUGACGUGCUGUAGAGCCCACCUGAGGUGUGCUCAGCCGUGCUGACCGAGGUGGCCCUAAAGGGGGAUCUUCCCUAGUUUCCCCCAGUGCUUCUGGAAGGCAAACAAGAGGUGCAAAUGACACUUUC